AUGGAUCAUUUUGCGCUUACCUUUCGCCCUAAAGAAGACUCUUAUGUUUCUCACAGACAGGUAUUGAAUGCUAGUCAACCUCGAUUGCCUACGAUCGAUGAUGUCACUUUGUCUCUCGAAACCUCUCUCAAAGCUAAAGAUCCUUCUGGUACCUCAGACGUUGUCGGCACAAAAUGUGGAGCCUCUGUCUGUGCAUUAGAUUCCACUGAUGCGAUCUUACCACCUUCUUCUCUGAGCCCACUAGGAUCUACCAAACCAUUAUCUGGUCAACCAAUCUCGGUCAGAAUACCUUCUACCAACGCUAUCUGUAAAUCUUGGUGUGAACAUACAACGCAGUAUUUGACGUACGAUCCUAUAAUAGGCAUGCAAGUCUUGCCGAUCCCAGUCGAUCGAUUGGCCGGAAUCAUCAUCCAAGAAGCCAUCACAGCUGAUACUCCUCUACAAAAGCUUGCUCAUAUCUGUUUAGUCAAAUACUCUUGCUAUGAAAAAGGAUCUCGUGAAUCAGAAGUGGUGAAAAUGGUUUGGGGGUUGACUCAGAGACGUUUACAUCAAUGA